AUGGGGGAGGCCUCCACAGCGGAAGUGCUACUUGCGGAGGCCCUUGCGUCCGGGCCGCAUGCCUUUGGCUUGCGGCUCACGAAUCCCAGCCGUCAACCGAUCCUGAAUACGUGGGUCUUAGAGCUCAGUGAGCCCAGCGGCUUCCACCGUUGGAGCUCCCGACCCUUGGAUGGGUACCCCUUGGCAGAAAUCCAAUUCCCUCGACCGCUGGACGCCGUGAAUACUGCACUGAACACCGGUGGAAUGGCAGACGCGGCGCCGGUGGGGAUUUUCUUCGUCCUCCAGACGCCCGCCCAUGCGCUGCGCAUCAUGGCGCCCGCGCAGCACCAGUUGGGCUCGCUGCUGUCCCUGAAGAGCACCACCCACAUGUUCACCACCUCUGUGGAGGUGUUUGGACAUACCGCAGACGUGAAGAUUGCCACAGGUCUUGAGCCCGGCCUCACCUAUAGUCUCUACAUUCUGACCUCCAAUCCCACUGCACAGGUGGGUGGUGCCACCUGGUCUUUGGAGUCCUUCGGAGCGCGAAGCGAGCCCCUGGACCAGGGCGAGGUGGCCUCCUUCGAGUUGUUCCCUGCUGCAGACUUCCAAGUGGUGAACUUGGGCGAGGAAUACAGCAACCAAGAGAUCACCGUGCAGUUGACUUGCACCCUGCCGAGCGACCUGCACUUUGGAGACUCCUUGCUGGUCCAGGCGCCACCAGGCUUUCCCUUGGCUGACUUCCAAUGGCUGGGCCCCACGGUGUCGCUGUCAGCGGAGAUUUGGUGCCAUUUUGGGCCUUGCAUUUUGUCUGUGGCCUUCCUCAGCACUUGGCAGGGUGCAGCUGGCGUCGCGUUCGCGGCAGCGGAGCCCAUGCGCUUCACCGUGCGCGCGCGGAACCCCGCCAGCGCGCUGGAGCCUGAGAGUGCUUGGUGGCGCAUGGACCAGCGCCGCGGCGGCGCGCGCCGGGCCACGGCCGUGGCGGCCAGCUGGCCCAUUCGCCCGGAGUUGUCCAGCGCCUCGCUGCAGCUGCUGGGUCCCUCCUUGGCAGCACUGGCGGUGGCGAGCCUGCGGCUCCGCUUUGUGCCCGCCAGCCCCGCCGUGGCGUUGCGCCUGCGGGCGCUGUCUCCACCCGAGGUGUCCUUCGACGGGGCUGGCGGCGGCCCCGAGUUGCUUUUGCAGGGCCUCAGCCUGGUGCCUCACGUGGAGGUCUCCAUCCUCAUCACUUCUGUGCGUUUGGGCCGUGGUGGUGGGCCCAGCCGCUACUCUUUGCAAACCUUUCGGACGCCCUACGAGGGGGUAGUGGAUGAGCGCUUGGACUUCUUUGGCUUCUACCAAGCGGGGCGUGCUGAGGUCUCUGGCACUCUACAGGGCUCCCACAUGCUGGAGCCGACCGGGUGGCUGCGCACGUUGCCACCCCGGGCUGCGGAGAAGGGAUUCAUCACUUUGAACCUCGUCUUCUCGAUGGACCUGUUUGCUGGUGAUGUUUUGAUUGUCACCUGCCAGGGCUUGGGUGCCUAUGUGCUCUUCAGCGACUCGCUGGUGAUGGAGCGCCUGACCUUCGUCCUGACAGGGGAGGCGAUGCCCGUGCUCGCCAGCAACCAGGGCGAGCACGAGUUGCACAUCGCGCUGGACACCGGCGGCAAUGCUUCCAAUGGCUCGGCGUUGGUUGCUGCCCAGUUUGCUAGGCUGCACUUUCAGGCCAUCCCCACGGCUGAAGCCAACACCUGGAAGGUCGAUAGCUGGAGCGGCAGCACCCUCAGCAACACCAACGAUGGGACCUUCCCGGGGUUUCAGCCGGUUCUUCCGCUCUUCGUGGAGCUGGUCCCGACCCGAGCGCCCCCCGACGCGCGCAUCGCGGUGAACCUGAAGGUCACAGCUGCCGCCAGUAGCAACCAGCUGAGACUGGUGGCGCCCGAGGGCUUUCGCUUCCCCAGCUUAUGCGGAGACUUGUGUGCCUCCUUCGGGGAAUUCUUUGAGGACACCGCGCGGGCCAUGGCCACCCUCUCUUCCUCCUCCUCGCUGCUGGGGGAGUCCCUGACCUUCCAGGUCCUCACGCCCCUCCGCACGCCACAGGUCGUCACUUGGCUCGUGCGCGCCUACGGUCCCACUGGACAGUUGGAUGGCUGGGGGGUCGCUGCAGGCUUCAAGGUGGACCAGAUGCACGUGCAAGUUUGGUACGGUGCCGUGCCAGGCUUGCAGAAUGCCGAGCUCGCCUUCGUGUUCACCUUGGACCUUCGAUCGAUUCGGUCGUUUCGGCUCUCAGUCCGUCACCGGUCGACCGGAGCGGACCGGAGCGGACCGGACCGGUCCAACGGUCGGGACCGUGCCGGAUCAGGUCUCAACAUUGAAUCACAGGGGACAUUCCGAAAUCAGAAGAUGUGUUAUGUGAAGAUGAUUGAAGAUGUGUGA